AUGGAUUACUUCAGCACUUUUAGUCUCAACUUUAUCAUAGGUGGUGACUUUAAUGCCAAGGACCCUAGCUGUCGUACUAACAACCCAAGAGGCUCUGUUCUCUACAACUUUAUUAAUCUUAAGGGCUACUCAAUUCUCGCGCCUCCUGGACCAACAUAUUGGCCCACCUCCCUGCGGAAAAAACCAGACAUACUGGACAUAUUUGUAUCGAACACACCUCACAACUUAUUCUGCGUGGCUACCAAUCUCUUAGAACCCUGUUCAGAUCAUUCAGCAGUACUCCUGACUAUCAGUGCCUGUCCUCCAGUCCGGCCUAUCCUACCAAAACUCUUUCUCUAUACUACUGAUAGGCAUAAAUUCCACAACUUGGUCGAUCAAAACAUAAAUCUCAAAAUUAGUCUCAAAUCUCCCCAAGAAAUUGAUGUAGCGAUAAAUAACCUAACAAGUGUAAUCCAAUCUGCAGCUUGGGCUUCCGGUCCUACCAAAACUCAUUAUUCAAAUGUUGCUUCGUCAGUCCCGGAACAUAUUCGCAUCCUUAUAUCCAUUAAGCGUAGAACAAGGGCCCAAUACCAACGCUCACGCCUUCCAUCCCACAAACGUAUUUAUAACAAUCUAUCUAACUCACUGAAAAAAAUACUCAUCAAGCAUAAAAAUCAAUCUUUUGAAAAUCAUCUCUCAAACUUGUCACCUAAGAAUGGCAACAAUCUCUGGUCAGACAAUUGGUAA